CUCAUGAUAACAGAAAGAGAAAUGGACUGUAUUUCAUUAAGCAUGCAAGAUAAAAUGUUCGCACGGAAUAAGCCAAGCUCAAGUGAGUUAGAUAGUAAGAAUUGUGAUGUUAAGAUGACAAAUCUGCAAAAGGAGCCCCUAGUGGAGCUAAGGCCAAAAAUCUAGUGACAAAUCUGAAGUAUUAGAUACUCUUGGAAAGUAUCUAGAAUCACUAAAAAGUGAAGAUGAAGAGAUGAUAGAUGAAGUUUUAAAAUUCUUAGCAUCAAUACCAAGCAAGCCUGAUAUGGAUAAAAGAAUCAUACAGUUGCUGAUAGUCAAGAUAAAUAAAGCUGAUUCACUUUCAAAAUUACCAAAGUUAGUCCUUCUGACAGAAAUUGCUAAACGAGAGACAGAGAGAUUUAAAAAACAUCUUGAGCCAAGACUUCUCCAGAUAUUCUGCCAAACUUUUCUGAAAAACGCUAAUGGGGAUUACAGACUAGAAUUGAUGAAAAUCUUCAAGAGUUGGAGGGGAAUUUUUAGUGAUAAAACUCUUAACGGGAUUUCGGAUAGACUGAAACUUUCUGAUAUAGAAAAAGAGUUGACUUUAAAAAGCAACAAUAGUCCAAAACAUAAUGUACCUUCAAUAACCCUAAAGCAUCCAUCUUCUGUAGCUAUACAGGAAAAUAUGAGGGAAAGACAAUAUUCAUAUCCGAGCCAACUUUCAUCCCAAACUGAUUUUUACAGCCAGAGCAUAGAUUCUGAGCAAGCCCAUUCUUACGAAAAUCUUGGGUGUAGCCAACCAAUUAAUGCUUCAAAUAUGCCUGGAAUGCACUUGUCGAGUUCACCGACCCAAUCGGAGACUUCAUUUGGAAUAUACUCUCAGACCGAUUUAAUGCACCAAAACUCAGCUAGUGGGUAUUGGCAACCUCAAGAUCCUCAAACAAAUCUAGAAGAAUCUCAAAAUUACACAUAUUAUAAAAACCUAUAUGAACAAAUGCUGGGGAUGAUCCCUAUGGUGGAGGAAAUACUGAGGAAGGGUAAAACUUGAGGGGUGCCCCCACCUUUAGGUCUUCCUUCUCUCCAGAAGUACUCUGAAAUUGGGCCUUUAAACAUAGACCAAUAUAAGAGGAUUUGUGAGAAACAAGGGUAAA